AUGCAAGUAAUUAUUCGAGAUUAUCAAAAUUAUAGGUGUCGUUACGAAGUGAAAGAAACUGAUAAUGUUGAGAUACUCAAAGCUAUGAUCGAAUUCAAAACAGGCAUUACUGAUAGAUGUUCAUAUCGCUUGACCUACAAAGGUCAGUACCUAGAAGAUGGGCAUAAAAUUGGUGCUUAUAAUAUCAGGGCUUAUUCUACUAUUGAUAUGAGUUUUAAAAUGACUGGUUGUUGA